UACCAGGAAACUUUUGGGGGUGAUGGAUAUGCUCAUUUUCUUGUGGUGAUGGUUUCCCAGGUAUGUACAUAUAUUAAAACAUCAAAUUGUACACAUUAAAUAUGUAUAGUUUAUUGUAUGCCGUAAAGCUAUUAUUACACUUCAAUAAAGCUAUUAUUAAUUUAGGACAGUGGAGCAAGUGUGAUACACUGAAUUUUCCAUGAACUUCCAUGUUUGAAAGCUAUUAAAUUUUUUAGUGAAAAGUCAACAAAAUUAAAAUCAAAGAACAGUUUAUUUAUAAUGUCUAGUUUUAAUUGUAUUGUCUAACCAGUUUAUUCACUUAGUUAAUUAUUUACCCAGGAUUAUGAUUAUUAUUAAAAUGUACUUUUGUGUUGAAGAAGUGGUUUUCAAACACGGUUAUGCACAAGAAUACUUGUGGAAACUUGCUAGAUAUGCAGAUUCCCAGGCUUCACCCUCUAGGGAUUGUGAAUUGUGGGUGUGGUCUUGGGAUCUGGGAAUCUGCAAGUUCAGCCAGCUUCCCAGGCAAUUUUAAUGUUAUCUAUCCAUAGACUGCAUUUUGGAAUCACUUCUCAGCAGAGCAAUGUUUACAUCAAAAUUGUCUGAACUUGGAUGAGCACUGUGGACCACUGGGGCUAGACUGAAAUGGAGUAUUCUUGGUCUGGUUCUGCCUGUAUGUCCUCCAACCUGUUAGGGAAGGCAGCCGACUUAUUUGGAAGCGGCAGCAAGUUUGCACUUUGUGUGUUGGCUGACAUUCAUGCUGCCCACACUUGCUAGAAAGUAAAGAGUCUACAGGGACUGGAAAGAAUUAAGGUGCUAUAAGCGUUUCCCUUCCUCUCCUGCUUCCUCCUCCUGCUCUCCUCCUUCUUCACAGUACUCACUGGCCUGCACUUGGCAUUUUAUGUAACAGUCAUGGCAGCAGGGAGAAGGAGCCGUCUUAUACUUGAUCAGAUACCUUUAAGAAAUAAACUCACAGUCAGAGUAACAGUUUAUCACUUGUAAGUUUGACAUCAUGGUGAGCUGGCAAGCCUUCCAAGAAAGCAUUUAUUUGUGCCUUUUCAGAGAUAGAUUUAUGUCAUUUAUCAAAGCAUAGCAUCUUUUACCUUCUUAAGUACUUAUAUAAACUGCCAGGGAGUAAUGUUCUGUGCAAAAUUUUUUCAUUAGAAAUGGUGCCAUGGUAUGGGGAACAACUGGGCCAUCUGCUUACCGACCUGGUUCCCACAGUAAUCAGUGACAAGCGUGGCAAGACUGUCGGCUAUUGUCCUAAGACUGUGAAAUAAAAUUUCUCCUUGAAUAAGUUAAAAGAGUUUUGUAGUACAGAGCUCAUGAUUUCAGGGCCUUGUAUAGGGUAACAAAGAGUGAACAGCCUAGCCUUAGGGUCACAAGACUGUGGGGUCACAUGCAACGUGGCACGAGGCUUUGAAGAUGGGUAUCAGUUUUAACUAGACCAUGCUGAUCUGCCUCUUCUGAAAAAAUAGCAGAGCUUUCAAUAGAGCCAAUAUUAUAGUCCAGAUCUUGAGUAUGUGGUUUGAUGAUAAGAACAUGUAUGAUAGUAAUAAAGAAAUGUAUACUAUAGAUAGAUUAUAAUGUAGAUCUAAAACUAAAAAGCAGAAUUAGAAUCUUUCACAAAAUUAAUUAUAAAUAUAUUUAUGAACCUGAAGAACUGGGUGUCAGAUACACUUGAAAAAAUAAAUCAAAUUUUGGAUGCUCACUGGGAGAUUCAUAGGCGUGUUAGUCACAGUCACCCUUGUAUCUUAAACACACGUUGUUGAAUGUUCUUUAUUGUGUCAGUCCUACAUUUAUUCUUUUGUUCUCCACAGACACGAUGCCAUUGUUAUCUCAGGAACUGAAAUGGCCAAACAAAUCCAGGAAGAAAUACAGCAGGGUGUGGAGUCCUGGAUCUCCCUUGGGAACAGAAGACCUCACCUCAGUAUCGUGUUAGUGGGUGAUAACCCAGCAAGCCACACCUAUGUCAGGAAGAAGAUCCGAGCCGCCUCCGCUGUAGGUAUCUAUAGUGAGGUCAUUCUAAAACCUAAGGAUGUUUCUCAGGAAGAGCUUCUGGAUAUAACUGAUCAACUGAACAUGGACCCAAGAGUCAGUGGCAUAUUAGUUCAGUUGCCACUGCCAGACCAUGUGGAUGAGCGAACAGUAUGCAAUGGGAUUGCCCCUGAAAAAGAUGUCGAUGGGUUUCACAUUAUCAAUAUUGGAAGGCUGUGCCUUGACCAGCAUUCUUUUGUACCUGCCACGGCCAGUGCUGUUUGGGAAAUAAUCAGAAGAACAGGGAUUGAAACAUUUGGGAAAAAUGUGGUUGUGGCUGGAAGAUCCAAGAACGUGGGGCUGCCGAUUGCCAUGCUUCUGCACACGGAUGGAGGGCACCAGCGGCCGGGAGGUGCAUCCUAUCUUAAUGGACAACCACAAGAUAUUUUGCAUUUCCUUUGUGAAAAUUGUUCCCGAUGGGAAAAUGAGCAGCUUUGCCAGCCCAAGAGCAACAUCUCCCACCCACAGGAGAUGCCUUCAGGUGAUGCAACUGUGACGAUAGCUCACAGAUAUACCCCCAAUGAACAAUUGAAGCUCCAUACUCAGCUGGCAGAUAUUGUCAUAGUCGCUGCAGGCGUCCCCAAGUUGAUCACAUCUGACAUGAUUAAAGAAGGCGCUGCUGUCAUUGAUGUGGGCAUCAACUAUGUACGUGACCCAGUGACAGAAAAAGUAAAAUUAGUCGGAGAUGUGGACUUUGAAGGAAGCUUCUCUCCACCUUCUCACAAACACUGUUCCCCUACGAAGAACGCGGUCUACUCCUCGCCUCUCCACCUCACCUGGGAAAGUCUGAUGCACCCCUCAGAUUCUGAACUCGACGUAGCCGUGAAGAGGAAGGCCGGCUUCAUCACCCCAGUCCCCGGGGGUGUGGGGCCCGUGACGGUGGCCAUGCUCCUGAAGAACACGCUCCUGGCAGCUAAGAAAGUCAUUUACUGAUCCCGCGGAAGAACAGAGCCAGCUGAAAUCACGCUACUUAUUUAUCUGUCAAAGGGGAAAGGUCCUCUAUAUUUUACUACAAAGCUAUUUAUUUCUACAUUGUAUUUAUUUUUUCAUGGAUGGACUCAUUGUGGAUCAGAGAAUUCACACAACUUUAUGUAUUUCCUUGCUAACAGAUUUUCAGUUUUAGGGGGGAAAAACAAAACAGUUCCAAUGAAAACUUUGGUAACAGCUAUUUUGUGAAUAAUAUUUGUUCAUAAUGUUAAAUCAAUAAAGGGCUCAUAAUAAGUAAUAUAUUUUGACACGAUUAAAUAUCACACGCCAUGUAUUUUCAACAAAUGUUUUGUCAGUGAAAUGGUCACCCAUGUAAAAUGUAAUUUAGGUUUUGCCAUAACAUGUUCAAUUUUUAUAUACUUUAUGUUCUAUAUCAUAUGCUGAGAAAGAACUAAAUUGCUGAAAGAUAAAAUAUAAAAAAUAAAAUCUUGAUCCCAUGUAUCUCCUAAGUACAUCCUGUGAGGCAUCCUAAUAAGAAAUUAUGUUCCACUCAAGGAAAGAAAAAUAUACAAGGAAAACAAAAAAUGCAGUGCUUCUUGGAAAGGUAAUGAUUUUUUUAAAUUGUAAAUGACUAUUUGUCAUAGUAAAAAUGUAAUAAGAAUGUGUUAGGUUUACAUGUAAUUCCUUUGUUCUUCUAGAAAAAUAUGUGGGCAGUGUCGUCUUUGAGGAAUAAUGGAAAAUCCAAAAGCAAACCAGUGCACAAAACAAAACUAAGGUGGCCUUUUCCCAGAAACAACAGAAAAACAUGACAUACUGUGAGCGAGGCCUUCAUUAAAGAGCAACUAUUAUGUUGUUUUCACGAAUUCAGAAACCUAUUGGGAAAACACACUCACAGUGCGCCACUGCUAAACACUAGGGUGUGACUAAACAUCUACUGUUUUAUUGCCCGUAGUCUUCCCUCCUCUCGUUAGCGUUUGAUUCUCAAAGUAGAUGCCUUGUUUCUAACACAAUUUAAAUUAGGAAAUACAUGUGACUCUCAGUUAAAGGGUAUCUUGAAACCUCUAGCCACAUAAUUGUAUUUUCAUACCCAAAUCCCAGUAUAUUUAUGUAUCAAUAGUGAUUCUUACCCAGUGCAUGUUUUCAAUGGUGUGUAUACUUAUCAUGUAUGUGAGCAUAGACUAGACGUUUAUGAUUAAUAGCAUUUCAACUGCAUAAUAAAAAAAAAUUGAAUAAGAA